CGGAUACUGUUCUUGUAGCUGUUUUUCUGUGUCGGCGGGUCUGAUCUGAUCAGCUGGACUUUUUUUCAUCAAAAAGGAUUAUUUUAAUGCGAAUUUAAACCGAAUUAAUUGUCGGAAAGUGAAGAUGGGUGUCUCUACUGUCGUGUGUGUUCUGUUACUGAACGCAGUCUUCAUCUCUACACUCGCAGAGAAACACUCCCUGUUCUACAUAUACAGCGCCCUCAACAAAGACAUGGAUCUACCAGGAAUCUACGAGUUCACAGCUCUGGGGCUGCUGGAUGACCGAGAGAUCGACUACUACAACAGUAAGGAGCAGAAGAAGAUUCCUAAACAGAGCUGGAUGAUGGAGAAGAUGCAGGAAGAUUACUGGGACAAAGGAACCCUGUCUCGCAAGAGUAAAGAACAGUGGUUCAAGGUCAACGUGGAUAUUCUGAUGCAGAGGAUGAACCACAAUAGCACAGAUCUUCAUGUUCUUCAGUGGAGACACGGAUGUGAGGUCGAUGAGUCCAAUGGAGAGGUGAAGUUUGAGAGAGGGAUUGAUGAGUACAGCUAUGAUGGAUCAGAGUUCCUCUCCUUCGAUGAUGAAAACAUGCGCUGGAUCGCUCCGGUUCAGGCGGCAGAAAUAACCAAGAGGAAAUGGGAUGGUGUUGCCAUCCUGAACCAGUACACCAAGGGCUACCUGGAGAAAGAGUGUGUGGACUGGCUCACCAAAUUCAUGGAGUACGGAAAAGAAACACUGAGAAAACAAUCUCCUCCUGUUGUUCAUGCAUUUGCAACUAAAUCUGUUCGUGACCCAAAAAAGCUGAGACUGACCUGCCUGGCCACGGGUUUCUACCCUAAAGACGUCGAACUGUGUGUGAGGAAGUUCGGCACUUCACUGCCUGAACAUCUGCUAACAUCUUCUGGAAUCAGACCCAAUGAUGAUGGAACCUACCAGCUGAGGAAGAGUGCGGAGAUCAAUGGUGAUGAUCCAGCAGAUUACGACUGUUACGUGAAUCACACCACCCUCGAGAAACCAGUGAUAACGAAAUGGGUAAAACCCAAUAACGGUGCUGGACCAGCACUGAUUGGAGGAGGAGCUGGAGGGUUGAUUGUGAUCUUGCUGAUUGUGCUGGGUGUACUCUUUGUUCUGAAAAAGAAGGGGAUGAUUGGUGGUGCAGGACCUCAGCAAGUCAUCUACACUGUUCCUCAGCAUCAGUGUGACCCCGCCAAUCCACCGAGGCCCGAUGUGCCUAAUGGACAUGGGAAUGGUGAUGCCAACGUUCCACUCCUAUCCAAUGCGUCUAAUGGACAUGGGAAUGGUGUGAAUGUUUCUAUUGAGACUGAAGAGCCCAAUGGUGAAGGGACAAAGAACGGCGGUUCUGACUCUGACUCUGGAAGAGGAAGUAAUUCACCCCAGGGCAGCGAUGAGAACAUCCCGAAGAAAUCUGAGGGUAAUUAUUCUACUGGGUCUCUGAGCAACUAUAUAUAUAUAUACCAUUACCAGUACACUGAUGUUUCCAAUAAAGUGGCCACGGUGAAUGAAAGCACAUGUCAUUGCUAAGGUUAGCUAGCUCUC